AUGAAAUUACGCACACUCAGAAAUUGGUUUGGCUAGUAGUGCACCUUGAAUGUUUGAAAUUUCGUUUUAAUGCAUUCUUGGCGUCGCGCCUUCACUGAGCUCCCGGUGUGACUGCUCGCCCCUCAUUGUGUUAUCAUGGGGCACACUGUUGGGCUUGCUAUCUGACCCAGUUAUAAGGUGAGUUGUACAAUUUUCCUAUCUAUUAAAUUUGACACUCAAUAUGUGACAUUUAAAAUAUAAUCCUUGUCUUAGUACACUAUCCAGUCACAAGGUUUCUUACUUCGAGGUUGUGUUAAUAGGUACUAACACGUUAGGUAGAGCACUGAUCAGGGUUACCCAAGGAAAGUGAGUUUAGUAGGUGCUGACGUUUAGAACUAUCUAGAGGUUGACAUCGGGAUUUGCAGGCCUAUCACUGAAAACCUCGAUAAGGAAUUGGGCGAUAUUUUCGUGACAUGUACGAGAAUGUUAUUCAGCGUGUUUUUUUUGCACUGUUUGACGUCGGUGGAAGUGACUUCAAUCUAGGUGGUGUUACUUUGAACUCUUCUGAUUACUUGAUAAGAAUUACCCAUCGUCAUAAUGACGGUCGUUCGUUUGGAAAGCCAUUGUCUAGAGUUACCUAUAAAUCUACUGAAAGUUUGCAUCGCCUCAUUGUCCUUAUUGAUAUUAAGCUUAUGGAAAUGAAGUUAGUGUGGAGUAAUUUUGGAUAGUUACCUCUGUUUUGAUGGAUAUUAGAGUUUGCAAACACCCAGAUUAUGACACGCUCUGAAGGCUUGAAGCUUGUGGAAAUCCGGUUAUUUCUGCAUGAUGAAGGUGAGAUGUGGAGAAAGCAGACGAGUAAAGAUUAAGUAUGGCGCCACCAGAAGACCACGAUAGAUAAUCAUGUCACUUGUUAAGAGUGUAGUGUAAGUUCCGCGUAAAGAGAGUGCUCCUGGCCUCCCUUAUCUACAACUAAUGUCUGCGGUUGAAGUUAAAGGUUAGAUAAUGGUAUUGUUUACAUCAGAGUUACUAGUUAGUAUCACGGACAUAAUUGAAAUAGGAGGUAUGAAUAACAUUGGGUCAUAUCAUCAAGCAGUAUAAACAUUCAAAUACAUAAUCUAGCAACAUGUGCUUAUACACUCCUUUAUUGGAAUGGCUACUUUGAAGUUAUUUCGUGUCCGGUAUAGUUACUGUCCAUCGAAAAAAUAAUGAUUUUUAUCUUCCAAACCAAAGUGCAACAUCUGGAUCCCUUGCACCAAUAUAAUUUCUUUAUAUCUAUCUAACUGAUAGGUGAUGUGCAAAUUAAGUCCAGUACACGUUGAAAUCUGGGUCGAAAUGGUGGUAGACAGACAGCAGAUCCAAAUGCAAACUGAUCCCUUAUCACUACCAAAUCUUCGGCAUCAUCGCUGCUAGCCGAUAUCGGUAACCUUGUGCAUGACUGAAACUAUGACUACGCGGAGAAAUCACAUUCGACAUCAUUCCAUCAAUGAAUUAUGAACACACAUGAAGAAGAUCCGGGAGCUGAUAGUGAGAGUGAAAUGAAACCAAACCACCUCGUGUGAAGACUGAGGUGGUGGCACCCUGUCUCGCCAACAUACAAGGCCAUCCAAUCGAAGAAAUCUCUCUGUAUGUGCGUUUGUGUACAUGUGAGUAUAUGCCAACCUCCUAAAUUCCAAACAAGCGGUACGAGAGUUAAACUCAUUGUCGGAAAUUUGUCUUUCCAUCACAAAAAUGUGUACCUGUAUCAUCUCGAGGCGAUCUCAGUUCACCGAGUGGAGAGUAUGCAGGACAGUAGAGGUGAAGUGAGAAUUCCAACCCAGAGUUGUGAUCGCUAAUCCAGAGAGAAGCCGAUUCUUUACCUUACCAGAUGCAGAUAUAUUAGAUGGUGCGCAGUGCAUAUGUAACAGAAGUCCGUAGGACUAGUGGAUGGCAUCUUGAAGACUCCGUUAGAACAUUCCUUUGUGUCUCUGGGACCUGUAUCAGCUUUCAGGAGAAAGCAAUUAAAGUGAUCGCAGACAGGCUUUUCACCAUUCACAAGGGUUUCAUAAG